GCCCCUGCUGUUGCCCCUGCUCUUACCCCUGCUGUUACCUCUGCUGUUGCCCCGGUUGUUGCCCCUGCCCUUGCCCCGGCUGACACCAGCGUCACCAUGAGCAGCCCUAUGCCGGAGCAGGCAGCACCAGCGCGGUACAGAAAAGGAGUUAAUACAACUUGCUUUAAAUGGCUUGGGGCCGGAUUGGUCAGCGUGUUGCUGCUCCUGGUGGUUGCUGCUGUUCUGCUGUGGUACUUCUUGUCCUCCAGGUGUCUUUCCGGGUUGUCCUGCAAUGGCGGAGGUCACUGCAUCAGCGCCUCCCAGUGGUGUGAUGGGGUAAUUGACUGUCCGGGGGCGCAGGACGAGGCACAGUGCUUGCGGCUCUACGGCCCCCAGUUCAUCCUGCAGGCGUACACGGGCGCGAGCGGCUCCUGGAGGCCCGUGUGCUCCAGCGGCUGGGACGGGCGGUUCGGGACGGCGGCGUGCGGCCUGAUUGGAUACGACAGAGAGACGUACGUGACCUCUGAAGAGGUCGGCUUCUAUGACGCUGACGGGUACAUGCAGCUGAUAUACGGGUCAGACCCUGAUCUCAUUCUGCAGCAGAACCUUGUCAGCAGCGAAUCCUGUCCUGCCAAUCUCGUCGUCUCACUGCGCUGCAUUGAUUGCGGUACCCGAGUCCCCCCGGCUCGGAUCGUGGGAGGGGAGGUGUCCACCAAGGGGGCGUGGCCGUGGCAGGUCAGCCUUUGGGCUGGGUUUACGCACAUGUGCGGCGGGUCCAUUAUCACCCCCUACUGGAUAGUGACGGCAGCGCAUUGCCUGGAAACGUUUAAUGAUCCGAGUGACUGGACAGUGUACGCCGGACGCCUGGACCAGUACGACAUGUUCAGCGCCACAGGAAGCUCCGUCUCCCGCCUCAUCUCCCACGCGUACGACAGCUCAUCACAGACCAAUGACGUCGCUCUCAUGAAGCUGAGUCGACCACUUAAAAUGUCAGAUGUCGUGAAGCCCGUGUGUUUGCCGAACGCUGGGAUGGACUUCGUCGCCCCCAGAACGUGCUGGACUUCAGGAUGGGGAGCCAUACGCGAAAUGGGACCCUCCUCCCAGUUUCUGAGGGACGCCGAAGUUCCGCUGAUCGACAGGUCGCUCUGCAACAGCUCGCUGGUGUACGACGGAGCGAUCGCCGGCACCAUGGUGUGCGCCGGCUACCUGGAGGGCGGUGUGGACUCCUGCCAGGGUGACAGUGGGGGACCCCUGGUGACAGAAGAGGCGUCUGUAUGGUGGCUCGUAGGGGACACUAGCUGGGGCUUCGGUUGUGCCAGGCCCAACAAACCCGGUGUCUAUGGCAACAUGCCAGCCUUCUUGGGCUGGAUCUACGAACAAAUGCAGAACUACAGAUGAACAAACCUGUUGGAUCUCACCGCACACAAAUUGCCAAAGAAACUCCAGAAAGUCUGAUAUCUUUUUAAGAUUUCCAUUUCUUUUAGAUGAAGUAGGUUGUUUACUUUAUUCUCGUGUGUACUCUAGAGAGAUUUGAGUUUAAAUAUUUCCCUCCAUCAAUGGACUG